UUCAAAGUGGAUACCGCGACAUUGUCGUUUGGGAUUGUCGCCGUCGUUUGCGAUUGUCGGGUGUCACUUCGUAAUGUCGCUAUGUCACUUCGCGUUGUCGUGUGUCGACCCCGCAAACGCGACGGCGACAUUAUAAAUGGCCCCAACAGGAUUCCGUAGUUUUUACUACUUUUUACGAUGAAAAUUGAAAAGCGUUUGUCACACUUUUACUCCAGGUAAACUGUUUCGAUUAUAAAUAUCUAUAGUUCGAAGUCAUUAUUCAAUACUUCAGCUAUAGCGCUAUUGGUUACGACGACGGGAAAAUGUCUUUUUUGCCGUGGCGGUCCGGGGUUCGAUUCCCGGCGCGGUCAUAUUUUUUUCUUGAUUUGGAACUUUUAAAAUAUUUUAGAAACAAAAAUUCAUAUUCUAAUGUUCACAAUAUGACCAAACUUCAAUUUGAAAGAAAGAUUAUUUUUCAGCCAAAUCUGGAGGCAUGCUGCUUUAAACGGACAAGCUGAUCAUCAGAUAGUUUUUAAAGUGUAGUGUGAAACAAUAGACCAGAUUCUGACAUUACAACACUGAUAUCAAAUGUAUAUAGUUUUUUAUUUUCCGGAGCACUUCACACUACACACCUGUAAAGUCACCCUUGGCGUAGAUGUCCACACCGGAUGUUGCCAAGUACUACCAUUGAGGUUGAGGUUGAGGUUUGAGGCGGACCGUCAGGGGAGAAAACAACACGAUGGGGAUCCUUAAAGCAUUACUGGCCAGGGCGUGUAUACCACUUUGCUUUAUACAGAUUCUGAAGUUUGAGAGCGGCCAGCUCCUGCCUAGUGAUGUACUAUUUCUACAUGUUCUAAUGACUUUCACUGCAGUAUGGAUAUAUGAAAUCAUACCAGCAGAUCCAGCACUUAAUGCAGGAAAUAUGUCUCGAAUUUUCGGUGGGACUUCUUUCAUUGCUAGUAUGCUUUUAGCAUUUGCACUGACACAUGACUUUUUCCAGAAGGGGAAUGACACUAGAAAGUAUUUAUUGAUAGACUACGGCUUUCCAUGCUUGAACUUUGACCAGUUACUUCAGUGGAUGUACAAUGAAAUAUGGUACCUAUUUUUUUUUAUUUAUAGUUACUUAAAGGCAAUAGGAGUUGGUCCAGUGAAACUAGUUUGCUAUAUAUUUUACUUAGGUAUGCAUGCUAUUGUAGUGAUUUUUAUCUUGGAGUUUAUCACUUUAACAUUGAGGACAGAAUUUUAUUUUGCUUUACGAGAUAAUUUCUAUUAUACAUUUGACGCAAACACAACAGGUGCGUACCCAGACGGUUACUUGCAUCCCCUUGUAUUGGAUAAAGGGUUGUAUGAAAAAGCGACAAUGACUACAGAAAUGUACAAGUGUCCACCGGAUAUGUACAGCACGUGCACUUUAACAUGGCGAAUAAAGGAUGAUGAAGAUGUAAAAUUUCCUUUAAAACACAAACUGUUAUACAGGUACAAUGGUGAGGACGUUGAAUUGACGUGUGAUUACAGUCUUACACCCUCCAGUGUUACAGCAGCUAAAAUGAACCCUCCAGUCUGGUAUUUUAAUGAGUCGGCGAUAGCAAUUACUUCCCGCCAUAUUGUAUUAAGCACAUAUCAUCAAAUAGGAGAAUCUGUGGAUGUUUUUACUUCUUUGAAAGUUAAAUUCUUAAAAGAUACAGAUUUUGGGGAGUAUGUUUGUUCGUGUGCGUUAAAAUCGUCAACAUAUUUUGAGGAUGAAUAUGGGUAUCUAGCGGAAGAGUACACUAUAAAAAAGCCCGCAAUAAAUGUCUUUAUGUUGAAUCAAAUCAAAAUGCAGCCAAAGCUCAUUUACAGAGUUGUCGGGAAUAUCAUCACUUCAGAAAACUUUUUUUGGUACAACUCUGAAGCUGAUAUAAACGAUAUGUCCAUAGCUUAUACUGUAAAUGACCGCCCAGUUGACGAAGUGUGUCCAGGAUUUCAAACACAGACGUGUUCUGUAGGAGCGUCUGUAUUACGAAUGUUUAUACGAGUCGGUGCUCAAAGAUUUGACUGGAAUGGAGCGGUAGAAUUUCCUUUCAUUGAAAUUGGUGAGGUUCCAGUAUUCGGUGUUAAAAGGGGAAUUGUUUACUUUUGUUUAUGUAGUUCUGGAUACGGAAUCCACCGAAUAUCUUUUCUUAGAAAAGUUUACUCAGGGCUGACAAAAAAGUAUAGGAACGAAGAAAUAGUCCAUCCGUUUGUUUUUAUUGUGUUACCUUUAUCAACAAUCUCAUUAUUUCGGAUUUAUGACGAUACGCACCUCUAUGCUAGAAUUGAGAAACUUGUGAACGAAGAAGAGAACUUUGACAUCAUCGAAGAUGCCGUUACAGAUCUUAUUGAGUUCGUAGCGGCAAAUGAAGAAAAAGUUUUAACACAAGCAAAUGUAAUUCAGGCAAUACUUUUGAUUGUGUGUGUGAUUAUUUGUUAUAUACUGACGUUAUUUGUCAGUAACAUAUACAUGCAAGUAUUUAUAGAAUACGUUCCACGUAGGGUAUUCAUUCCACAACCUAUGUUGCCAGAAACGGAGCCGAUGCUGGCUAUAGAAGCUGAGGAAUAUGACGUUUUCCUAUCAUAUUCAGAGGAAGAAUACACUUUUGUAUCAGAGACACUUGUUCCUUUCCUUGAAAAUGAUUGUGAACUUCGUGUUUGUCUUCCAAACAGAGACUUCCCGCCAAACAGAAGUAUUUUUGGUUCCUAUGUUGACAGAAUUAGGAAGAGCCGUAAAGUUAUUGUUAUUUUAUCACAGGCGUACAUGGCGGAGGCACGAUGUAGAUAUUUACAGCUUGAACAUAUAAUUCUUCCUCUGUUAUAUCAGGAACUUAGAACACCAAAAGACGUACUCAUCAUCAAGUAUGAGGAAGCGACCAAUCUUCCAGAACCGCUCAGGUGGAAUUUUCAAAUAGAGGUGUUUCCUUGGUAUAGACAAUUACCUGUGCGUGUGAAAUUAAAAACAUUGAACAAGUGGGUUUUUACAGGACAUAUUUGAAAGUAUUAAGUAUCUGUACUACGCAGACACAUCAGAUUUAAAUGUGAUACAGAAAACCAGCAAUGACUUAAUAAAUUUAUUACUUUUGAUUAA